AUGUAUGUAGGUUAUCUUUUGGAUAAGGACACCAACAUGUAUCCCAGCCCCGUUCGGCAUCCCAGCCUCAACCUCAACCCCCAGAAUUACGUGCCGGGGCCGCCCCAGUACUCGGACUUCGCCAGCUACCACCAUGUGCCGGGGAUUAACAACGACCCGCACCACGGGCAGCCGGCGGCCGGCUGGGGCUCUCCCUACACCCCUGCCAAGGAGGACUGGCAUUCCUAUGGGACCACUGCUGCACCUUCCACCGCCAGUCCGGGGCAGUUUGGAUUCAGCCCCCCAGAUUUUAACCCCAUCCAGCCCCCGGGCUCUGGACUGCUACCUCCACCCAUCAGCAGCUCUGUCCCCCAGCUCUCCCCUAACGCCCAGAGACGCACCCCAUAUGAGUGGAUGAGGCGCAGCAUUCCCAGCACCAGCAGCAGCG